AUGGCAGUGUGUACUGCAGGAAGGGAAUGGCACCAAUGUUCUGACUACAGGAAGACAUGUGCAUCCUUUCUCCUUCCAAAUUCCCGACGAAAACCUCAGCAUGGGACCAAGGAUAAGGAUGUUAUGUUCUUUGCAUCUGGAAAAAUCUCUGUGAGCAUUCACACUGAGAGGCAGGGAUACCAGCAAGGAGAGGCUCUGAAAGUCAGGGCAAUUAUUGUCAACAACUCAACUCGCCCAGUGACCCCAAAAUACUACCUGUACGAAAAGCAGUGUUUCUACGCCCAGAAGAAGAGGAAAGUCCACACCCACAACAUCUUGAAAGAGAAGGGCGAUCGGGUCCCUGCUGGCACUCGGCAGACGGUGACCCAAGUUUUGACCAUCCCUUCACAACUCCCUGCCACCAUCUUCAACUGUCCUAUACUCAAAUUGGAGUAYCGAUUGAAGGUCGUUCUUGAUGUUAAACUGGCCAUAGACCCUGAGAUCAAGCUACCUAUCGUUGUUCUUACUGCAACUCAAACUCUUGGACAGGAACCCCCACCUUACUCCAGUUUGGGUUUUGAGUYACAAGUCCCAACUGCGUCUGAGCUACCACCCCCCUACGAAAUGUUUGCUUCCUCGUCAAAUUUCUAUAGAAAAUUGUAGAGGCAUGGAGAUUCUCAAUUGGGCAAAAGUCUGUCCUCUCCUCAACUCCUCCGUCCUCCUCUCUUCCGUGACCCGGAGACCGAUAAGUGGUCGCCAUAUAUGGGAGAGGGUCAAUUAGUUAAUAAAGGAACAGAGGAGUUUGCUCCUCUCCUUGAUAGCCUCCUCUGGCCAAGGAUAUUGAGGUGUAUCCUACCAGAGUACUACAUGGAAGAGUUUUGAAAUGCGCCACACCCCCUUUGAAUCAGUUGUUGUUUUGUCAGAGGAGAAAAGCAUGUACCUUUGAAUACAAUAUGCUACCUAUCAUUUUAUCUAUAAAACACCCAUCUAGUACCGGGUCGGACCCCCCUUUUCCUUCAGAACAGCCUGAAUGGAUGCACCGUAUCAGCAACAAUGUUGAAAUACUCUGUGGCGUUGAACCGUUGCUCAUUUGGUAUCAAGGGCCCUAACGUGCCAGGACAACAUUUCCAACAACAGUACACCACAGCCAUGGAUCCAUGGACUCAAGCUGGACUCAUGCUCCUUAAGCCAAAUCCUGAAUCUGCCAUCAGCAUGACGCAACAGGAACUGGGAUUCGUCGGACCAGGAAAUGUUUUUCCAGUCCUCAAUUGUCCAGUGUUGGUGAUCGUGUGCCCAGGCUUUUUGUUUUUAGUUAAUAGCUGCAAUAGCCCAUCCGUGGCGAUCCGACGAGUUGUGUGUGCCGAGAUGCCGUUCUGCACACCCUGUUGUGCUGCGCCGUUAUUUGUCUGUUUGUGGCCCAUCUGUUAGCUUGCACGA